AUGGCCCAUCCUGCGCUUGAUGUACUGCUGAAGGGCAGCUCCGGCCGGAGCACCCGCGGUCUGCUGCGCAUCAUCAUUCUCUGUACAAUUGCUGCGGCCGCCGUGUCCAGCCGACUGUUCAGUGUCAUCCGCUUCGAAAGUAUCAUUCACGAAUUCGAUCCGUGGUUUAACUUCCGUGCAACAAAAUAUUUGGUCCAAAAUGGCUUCUACAGCUUCUGGGAUUGGUUUGAUGACCGAACCUGGCACCCUCUGGGCCGUGUCACCGGUGGCACACUGUACCCCGGACUGAUGGUGACCAGCGGCGUGAUCUACCAUGUUCUGCGGUUCCUGACCUUUCCCGUCGACAUUCGCAACAUUUGCGUGCUCCUCGCCCCCGGUUUCUCCGGCCUGACGGCCCUGGCCAUGUACCUCCUGACUUCUGAGAUGACCACGUCGCCGUCCGCUGGUCUGCUGGCCGCGGCGUUCAUGGGCAUCACCCCCGGCUAUAUCUCUCGUUCCGUGGCGGGCAGCUACGAUAACGAAGCCAUUGCCAUCUUCCUGCUAGUGUUUACCUUUUUCCUGUGGAUCAAGGCUGUCAAGAACGGCUCGAUCAUGUGGGGAGCAUUGACAGCUCUGUUCUACGGAUACAUGGUGUCGGCCUGGGGUGGAUACGUGUUCAUCACCAACCUCAUCCCGCUGCACAUCUUCGUCCUGCUCUGCAUGGGACGCUACAGCUCCCGCCUCUACAUCAGCUACACCACAUGGUAUGCGUUGGGAACUUUGGCCAGCAUGCAGAUUCCGUUUGUUGGCUUCCUGCCCAUUCGAAACAGUGACCACAUGUCGGCGCUGGGUGUCUUUGGGCUGAUCCAACUCGUGGCCUUUGCGGAAUUCGUCCGGGGCUUCCUGCCUGGCAAGCAAUUUCAGAAGCUGCUCACUUCUAUGGUUCUGAUCACCUUUGGCCUUGGAUUUGGCAUGCUCGUUCUGCUCAGCGUCUCCGGUGUCAUUGCCCCGUGGAGUGGUCGUUUCUACUCGCUGUGGGACACCGGAUACGCCAAGAUCCAUAUCCCUAUCAUCGCGUCCGUCUCCGAGCACCAGCCGACCGCCUGGCCCGCCUUCUUUUUCGAUCUGAACUUCCUGAUAUGGCUCUUCCCCGCGGGUGUGUACCUGUGCUUCCAGAAGCUGAAGGAUGAGCAUGUGUUUGUGGUCAUCUACUCGGUGCUUUCCAGCUACUUCGCGGGUGUCAUGGUCCGUCUGAUGCUAACUCUGACCCCGAUUGUGUGUGUUGCGGCUGCAUUGGCUCUCUCGGCCAUCCUCGACAACUUCCUGGUCAUUUCCGCCCCGACUCCUCCCGCCAAAACGGACACCAACAAGUCGGACAAGGCCAAGAAACCCAUCGGCAUCUACUCGUACUUCUCCAAGACUUUUAUGACCUGCUCCGCCAUCCUUUACCUGCUCAUCUUUGUCGCGCACUGCACCUGGGUCACCUCCAACGCGUAUUCGUCUCCAUCGGUUGUUCUCGCCAGCAAGCUUCCCGAUGGCAGCCAGUACAUCAUCGACGACUACCGCGAGGCCUACUAUUGGCUCCGACAGAACACCCCCGACAACGCCAAGAUCAUGUCCUGGUGGGAUUAUGGUUACCAAAUCGGUGGCAUGGCUGACCGUCCCACGCUGGUCGACAACAACACCUGGAACAACACCCAUAUUGCCACCGUCGGCAAGGCCAUGAGCUCACGCGAGGAGGUCAGCUACCCGAUCCUGCGGCAACACGACGUCGACUACGUUCUCGUCGUGUUUGGCGGUCUGCUCGGCUACUCGGGCGACGACCUGAACAAGUUCCUGUGGAUGGUCCGCAUCGCCGAGGGUAUCUGGCCGGAUGAGGUGAGCGAGCGUGACUUCUUUACCGCUCGCGGUGAGUACCGCGUCGACGACGAAGCCACUCCGACCAUGAAGAACAGUCUGAUGUACAAAAUGUCCUACCACAACUACCAGAACCUCUUCCCACCCGGCCAAGCCGCCGACCGCGUUCGUGGCACGAAGCUGCCCGUCGACACCCCGCAGCUCAACACGCUCGACGAGGCCUUCACCAGCGAGAACUGGAUUAUCCGCAUCUACAAGGUCAAGGACCUGGACAACUUCGGUCGUGACCACAGCAGCGCUGUUGCCUUUGACAAGGGGCACAAGAAGAAGCGCGCUGCCAAGAAGAAGGGCCCUCGUGUUCUGCGAACCGAGUAA